AUGUUUAAAUUUAAGGACUUUGGGUCCUUGAAGGCUCCAGGGGGUGUUGAUUGUAACGAAUUAAUUGAUUUGAUUGGUCGUGUAGUUUCGAUUUAUGAGCCUAAAGUUAUUCAAGUACAGCAAAAACCUAAAAGGUUGAUUGAUUUCGUCAUUGAGGAUUCUAGGGAAAGUCGAUUGAGCAUAACCCUGUGGGACGAGCAUGUGGAUUCAGUGUUGCCAUUUUAUGAUGUUGUUAUAACAGAUCCAUUGAUUGUUAUACUACAACUAUGUAGAGCAAGGUUGACUGAUGAUGGUGAGGUCAAGAUUUCCAGUUCCUAUACGGCAACUAAAAUUUUGUUCAAUUACGAAUGCCUUGAGUUUUCCAGUUUUAAGGAGAGGAAUAAGAACUAUGGGAAGAAACUUCAACAAUGUGAGGACAAAAUGUAUUGUACCCCAUGUAACAAACAGUGGUCCAAUGGAAUCAUCAAAUAUAAAUUGAUGAUUAACAUCAUCAAUGAGGAUGAAGAUGGUGAACUAAUACUUUGGGAUAAUGUGUGUACGCUUCUACUAGGAGCCAGUUCUAGCGAGUUGAAGGUCAAAUAUUCUAAGGAGGGUUGUAUGCCCAAUGAGAUUCAAGAAUUGAUUGGAAAGACAAUGAAAUUCAAGAUAGUCACACGACAUGAUCAAUUCAAAUAUGGUGGAAAUGUUGCUUUUACUGUUCUAGGAGUGGAAAAUGAUGAGAGAGUAUGUACUUCAGUUAAUAAAGGAGAACAAGGAAGUGUGGUUAGAAAGCUUGCUGAUGAAAAAGAGUUCAAAGACAGCAGUGAACAACUUGGUUCCAGGAGAAGGUCCAUGCCAAAGUUUGCACAGUUAUAUAUUUACGACACAGAUAAUGAGAUAAAAUAUCGCAUCAAUUCUGUUAUAAGAUAUGUUAACUCAGGGGAUAUCCACGAAAAUAUUGUUGAGGAAUUAAAGAACAUGCUGGACGAAAAUAAUGUUUUGGUAAAAUGUUUCAGAAUGGCAAGAACUGAAAUUCAGUCUAAUCCAAUUGUUGAGGUUAAAAUGAAUUUAAUCGGCAGGUGGAAUACAAAUGGAAGGACAUACAAUUUACCUACCGCUAAUGAGGUCGCAGCACUUAUUGUCGGGGACCUUGACACAUCGAUAGGUGAUCGGGACAUAUUGAUUGAGAGCCAGACUGGACAGUUGAAGAGAAUAAACCAUUUGAACCCUGCAUAUUUGCCCUUACAAUACCCUUUGUUGUUCCCAUAUGGUGAAGAUGGUUAUUAUGAAGAUAUUACAUUUUCUAGUGCAUGGAGCCAAGGACAUCAUGGUGGUAGGAAAAGAAUUAGCCCUAAAGAGUAUUUCUCAUUCUAUAUACAUGAGAAGGUAAAUGAGAAGCAUACAUUGUUAUAUUCUAGGAGGUUAUUUCAACAAUACUUGGCUGAUGCAUAUACAAUGAUCGAACAUGCACGUUUGGUCUACAUUAGAACUCAUCAGAAGGCGUUGCGUUGUGAAGCUUAUCAGGGGUUGAGCGAUGCAUUAACAAGGGACGAAUUAGAUUCCACAACUCGGGGUAAAAGAAUUAUACUACCAUCAUCAUUCACGGGCGGAGCUAGGUAUAUGAUUCAAAACUAUCAAGAUGCAAUGGCAAUAUGUAGGCACAUUGGUUAUCCUCAUCUAUUCAUACCAUUCACAUGCAACCCGAAGUGGCCUGAGAUUGAGCGCUAUGUUGCACAACGUGGGCUUAAAGCAGAGGAUAGACCCGAUAUUGUUUGUCGCGUGUUUAAGAUGAAACUUGAUGCUAUGAUUGAAGAGAUCAAGACAGAAAAACUGUUUGGCGACAUCUGUGGAGUUAUCUACACAAUUGAAUUUCAGAAAAGAGGACCCCCUCACUCGCACAUAUUGCUAUUUGCCAAAAGAAUGAAUCAGGCACAUUCUGCACCGAAAAUUGAUGCCUUGAUUUCUGUUGAGAUUCCAGACCCAGAUGCUGACAAUGAGUACAUUGACGCAGUUAGCGAAUUUAUGUUGCACGGACCGUGCGGACAACUUCGAAAGAAUUCCCCAUGCAUGGUAAAUGGUAAAUGUUCAAAGUAUUUUCCCAAAAAAUAUGUUAGCCAGACGAUUCUAGAUAAAGAUGGUUACCCAAUCUACAGAAGGCGUGACAAUGGAUGCACAAUCAGUAGGAAUGGAAUCCAACUUGAUAACUGUUACGUUGUCCCGCAUAAUCAACAUCUGCUUCUAAAAUAUCGCGCACAUAUUAACGUUGAAUGGUGCAACCAGUCAAGAUCGAUCAAAUAUUUAUUCAAAUACGUCAAUAAAGGAAAUGAUCGAGUCACGACAGAGUUCAUGAGUACUUCUGUGAAUGCAGUCAAUGGUGAUGUGGUUGAUGAGAUUAGCAUGUACUACGAUUGUCGCUAUAUAUCCGCAUGUGAAGCCACCUGGCGACUGUUUGGGUACGUGAUCCAUUAUCGCACGCCACCUGUCAAGAUGCUAAAUUUCCACUUAAAGCACCAACAGAAUGUUGUGUAUGGGGAAGAUCAAAGCCUCGACGAGAUUGUUGAGAGCCAAACGGUUAAGCAGAGCCAGUUCACAACUUGGUUUGAGGCAAACAAAAAAUACGAAGAUGCUCAAUCGCUCACUUAUGCAGAGUUCCCCAGUAAGUUUGUUUGGAGACAAGACUUGCGUGAAUGGCAUCAAAGAAAGAAAGGAUUCUCCAUAGGACGAUUCUUCUAUGUUCCUCCAGGCUAUGGAGAAUUAUACUAUCUAAAAUGCCUUUUAAAUAUCAUACGUGGACCUUCAAGUCACGAGGAUAUUCGCACUGUUGGGUGGGUCAUUCACAAAUCAUUUAGGGAUGCGUGUUAUGAGUAUAGAUUAUUAGAUGAUGACAAGGAGUACAUCGACGGUAUUACUGAAUCCAGUUACUGGGCAUCCUCGUCUGCAUUGCGAAGGUUGUUUGCUACGUUGCUCACUUCAAGUUCAAUCACUAGACCCGAGGUGGUGUGGAAUGCCGUCUGGCAAUUUCUUGCAGAGGAUGCACAGUUUCAUCGUCGAAGGCUCAUGCACAAUCCAGAUUUGUUGCUAUUGGAAUACGAUAAACAACAAUUUGCUCUGGUCAAGUUAGACAAGUUACUGCCUUUGUGGGGGAAGAGCCUGAGCUACUAUCCAGAAAUGCUGAUUCCAGAACAAAACAGCAUUGGAAUGACGGAAAACAUGUUGAUAUCCGAAGAGUUGGUGUACGACAAAGAAUCAUUGAAAGCAGAGCAUGAAACAUUGGUAACUCAAUUGACGGACGAACAGAAAGUUGUUUACGACUCUGUUAUUAAUGAUAUUGAUUCUAAUGGAGGGGGAUUGUUUUUUGUGUAUGGUUACGAAGGAACAGCAUUUUUGCUAUUGCCGGGUGGCAAGAAGGCGCAUUCUCGAUUUGCUAUACCACUCUCAGUGAAUGAAGAUUCCACCUGCAAUAUCUCGCAAGGCAGUGACCUUUGCGAACUUAUAAUCAUGAACAAAUUGAUAAUAUGGGAUGAAGCACUGAUGACACACAAAUACUGUUUUGAGGUUUUAGACAAAACCAUGAGGGAUAUAUUGCGAUUCACCAUACUUGGGAGUGAUCAGAAAACAGUUUGUGGAAAGACAGUAGUAUUGGGCGGUGAUUUUAGAUAG